CCGAAACCUAAAGCCUCUCGCCCUUUCCUCAUGAGCCAACUCCACAAACACGCAACCGGGACCACAACUCAGGUGGUUGCUGCCCACUCUUCCAUCAAGCACACAACCUUGCGUCGACCACCGGACAAACUACCUCGCCGCAGCGGCUAACAGGAACCACGCCGCAGAUUUUGUCCCUUUGACAUUCCAGAUAAAUCGAUGAGCUAAAUAAUUAUUGGCAGCGAUGACGAUGCCGGGGUCCCGCAACAAGCCCGCGCCACCGCUUCUGCGCCUCUCCCCAGUCAACCGAGAUCGGAUCUAUUGUUUUGUUGGCCUGGCAUCGUGGGACGGCCAUCCAUUUACUUCGGCCUGCACGGCCCCGCCCGCGAGUGUAGGGACCCCCCCCUCUCGCCAGAGCCGUUUCCCCAUCAAUUCCACGGCCUGCUGCUUUCGUGCCGCCAGACGAAAAAUAAAGCAGGCCCAGGCGGAGCCCAGCAUGUGCAGGUCACGGAGAAGGCGGAGUGGCGGCGACGGGCACCGUGGAAUACCAUCACCGGCGAUGUCAGACCAAACAUACUUCCCGAAUUUUUCACUCCAACAGACCUCCUUGUUUGGGGUAAGAAGUGAUCCCGUAGCUUAGCAAGGCAGCGUCCUGUGCUAAUGGCUGAGGCGAAAUCCAGUGUCUUGCCGCGUGGGCCUGUUCGACUGCUUUUAUGAAUCGGAACAAUAUCGCACGCCAGGCCGAGCUCCAAGCGUGUCCCGGAGAUAAGGGA